CCAGCAGCACACACUCGUCACCGCCGCUUCCUCCAGCAUCACAGCUUCUGUGGCCACGCCGUUUUGCGCGCAUUCUCAUAGCACCUCUGGGCUUUGCCCCAGCCCGCGUCUCUUCCACUGCCCCGGCUGCUGCCUCACCACGCUCCGAGCCUCAAGUCCCGAGCAAAGACAGCCAGCAUGACUUCCAGCGCGACCGAAUCCAUCGCCACCCCUCCUCCGAGCGCAAGCUUUCGACCCGUUGCGUCGCCCGCCCCCUCGACCACCUCGUCCCUGCAGUCCCAGCCCGACGGCAACUUCGCCCUGCCUCCGCCGCGGACGAAUGGCGUGAACGCGGCCGCUCUGGCGACUGGCGAAGCCGGCCUCAAGCCGAAGAAGCCCACAAUGACCUCGCGGAUCAGCGGCAUGUUCAAGAAGGACGUGGAUAGCAGAGAGGCCUCGAAAGUGAACCUGGCUGGCAAUACUAUCCCCGAGGGCAAGGUCGCCAACGGAACUGCGGCGAACGGAGCUGCAUCCCCGCCACAGGUCACAAGAACAGCGUCGACGAUUGACAAGUCCAAGAAAAAGGAUGUGGCACCUACUCCGUACAAGCGCUACUGGGUGAACGAAGAUGGGACCCACGAGCAUCACCUCAAGGUCGGCAAGCGCCAGGAAAAACUAUCCGACAUGUUCCAGAACUUCAUGAUGGGCAAGAAAAAGGAAGGGCAUACGGACGAGCAGCCGCUGAGCUUGAUGGCGAACUGGGUGGAUGUGAUGCGGAAUGAGAAGGAGAAAAUGGCCGAGUCGAAGUCCUCCUCCGGGAACACAUCACAAACUCUUGUCCAGAAAUACGGAAAAUGCCAGGAGGUGGUUGGCCGUGGUGCUUUCGGCAUUGUCCGAGUCGCCCACAAGCCGGAUGCCCACGAUCCCAAGCGCGAGCAGCUCUAUGCCGUCAAGGAAUUCAAGCAGCGACCCGGAGAGUCCACGAAGAAGUACCAGAAGCGUCUUACGUCCGAAUUCUGCAUCUCCUCGUCAAUGUCCCACCCCAACGUCAUCAAUACCCUCGACCUCCUCCAGGACGACAAGGGGCUGUACUGCGAGGUUAUGGAGUACUGCUCUGGCGGUGAUCUGUACACUUUGGUCCUUGCAGCUGGACAACUGGAGGUUCUCGAGGCUGAUUGCUUCUUCAAGCAGCUCAUGCGUGGAGUCGAGUACAUGCACGAGAUGGGUGUCGCUCACCGAGAUCUGAAGCCGGAGAAUCUCCUCCUUACUACACAUGGCUCUAUAAAAAUCACGGACUUCGGCAAUGGCGAAUGCUUCCGGAUGGCUUGGGAAAAAGAGGCUCACAUGACUGCCGGCCUUUGUGGUUCAGCUCCGUAUAUCGCGCCUGAGGAAUACGUCGAUCAAGAGUUUGAUCCCCGUGCUGUAGACGUAUGGGCCUGUGGUAUUAUCUACAUGGCCAUGCGGACUGGUCGUCAUCUCUGGCGACUAGCUCAGAAGGGCGAGGACGAAUUCUUCGACCGCUACCUCGAAGACCGGAAAGAAGAGGCCGGAUAUAGGCCUAUCGAAGUAUUACGACGACGUCAAUGUCGCAACGUGAUCUACUCGAUCCUAGAUCCGAACCCGACUCGUCGUCUCACAGCCCACCAAGUUCUGUUCUCAGAAUGGGUCAAGGAGAUAAAAGUUUGCCGCGCCGGCAACGAGGGUUUCUGACAUAGGGAGGGGGGCAAAGGGGUUCCUCAACUAGCAUCUGUCUCCGAGACGCCAGUUUGAGAUCCACCCGGGCCUGUUGAUUGCUUGGCUUCCUCCCGACUUGGGUUUCGGAAGCCUUCAGUACCUUUUC